ACAAACAGACAAGAUGGCGGACGUAGUGAACGUCGGGGUGAAUCUGGACGCUUUCUCUCACGCCAUUAACGGCAUCCAGGCGCUCCGCUCUAGCGUGAGCCGCGUCUUCGAGUCCCUGAAGGACGGCAUGAAGAACCGGGAGACGCUGGAGGGUCGAGAGAAGCAAUUUAUUGCCGAGUUCCAGGACAACCUGCAGGCAGUCAACAGAGACCUCAAUGAGUUGGAGCGACUCAGCGGUCUCGUCGGUCGUCCCUCAGAGUCUCAUCCUCUCCACAACAGCGGUCUGCUCAGUCUGGAUCCAGUUCAGGAUAAAACUCCUUUGUACUCUCAGUUGCUGCAGGCAUACAAGUGGUCCAACAAGUUGCAGUACCAUGCUGGUCUGGCCUCCAGUUUGUUGAACCAACAGUCACUCAAACGUUCGGCCAAUCAGAUGGGAGCUUCAGCCAAGAGACGGCCCAAAGUCCAGCCCAGUACUCUGGUACUACCUCCUCAGUAUGUGGAUGAUGUCAUCGCCCGGAUCGGCAGGAUGUUUCCUGAUAUGACCAUCGAGCUGUUCAGACCCAAUGGGACGUCUGCUGUGCUGCUGGUGACCCUAGGGAAGGUGUUAAAGGCCAUUGUUGUGAUGCGUUCGCUGUUCAUUGACAGAACCGUUGUUCGAGGUUUCAACGAGAACGUUUACAACGAGGACGGAAAGCUGGACAUCUGGACCAAGUCUCAGUACCAGGUGUUCCAGAAGGUAACGGAUCACGCUACCACUGCUCUGCUGCACUACCAGCUGCCCCAGAUGCCCGACGUUGUGGUUCGGUCCUUCAUGACCUGGCUGCGUAGCUACAUUAAACUCUUUCAGUCUUCCUGUCAGCGCUGUGGUCAUUUCCUGCAAGACGGACUUCCUCCAACAUGGAGGGACUUCAGGACCCUGGAGGCGUUUCACGACACCUGUCGCAUGUAAACAAACACUUCACCUAUUUUUGUUUUUCUCUUUGUAUUCUGUGCAGAGUUUGAAUAAAGUUUUUGAUUUUUUGUA